GCCCUUCCCGCCCCUUACGGCCCGCGGGGGCCUCCGCGCCGGCAGAGGGCGCGCUAGCCGGGCCGCCGCGCGGGAGGGGGCGGGCGGCGGCCAUGGCGGUGCUGCUGGAGACCACGGUGGGCGACCUGGUCAUCGACCUGUACACGGAGGAGCGGCCCCGCGCUUGUCUGAAUUUCCUGAAGCUCUGCAAAGUCAAGUACUACAACUAUUGUCUUAUUUAUAAUGUACAGAGGGAUUUUAUUAUACAAACUGGGGACCCCAUGGGAACUGGCCGUGGAGGGGAAUCCAUAUUUUGUCAACUCUAUGGUGAUCAAGCUAGAUUUUUUGAGGCAGAAAAGGUGCCGAGAAUCAAGCAUAAGAAGAAAGGAACUGUGUCAAUGGUGAACAAUGGCAGUGAUCAGCAUGGAUCACAGUUUCUUAUUACUACAGGGGAAAACCUGGAUUACCUUGAUGGUGUACAUACAGUAUUUGGAGAAGUGACAGAAGGCAUGGAUGUAUUGAAGACAAUUAAUGAAACCUUUGUAGAUAAGGACUUUAUCCCGUAUCAAGAUAUCAGGAUAAAUCACACAGUAAUUUUAGAUGAUCCGUUUGAUGAUCCACCUGGCUUGGCUGUUCCUGACCACUCACCAGAACCUACGAAGGAACAGCUCGAUAGUGGCAGAAUAGGAGCAGAUGAAGAAAUUGAUGACAUGAAAGGACGGUCUGCAGAUGAAAUAGAAGAAGUUCAAGCAGAAAAAGAAGCAAAAACUCGUGCCAUUCUUCUGGAAAUGGUGGGAGACUUACCAGAUGCAGAUGUCAAGCCACCAGAAAAUGUGCUGUUUGUUUGUAAGCUGAAUCCUGUGACCACAGGGGAAGACCUGGAGAUAAUAUUUUCACGAUUUGGUCCCAUUAAAAGCUGUGAAGUGAUUCGAGACUGGAAGACUGGUGAAUCUCUUUGUUAUGCUUUCAUUGAAUUUGAAAAGGAGGAAGACUGUGAGAAAGCCUACUUCAAAAUGGACAAUGUACUGAUAGAUGACAGACGGAUACAUGUGGAUUUUAGUCAGUCUGUUGCAAAGAUUAAAUGGAAAGGAAAAGGUGGGCGUUAUACCAAGGACGAUUUCAAAGAGUACGAGAAGGAACGUGACAAACCUUCAAAACUUGCUCUGAAAGAGAAGGUAAAACCAAAGCAAGAUGCCAAGUAUGACCUUGUGCUGGAUGAGGAUGUAGAAGAGUCUCAAACAAGUCAGUCACACUUGGCUAAAAAACAAAAGAAGAAAAAGCACCACCACUCCGAAGAUGACGAUGAUGACAAGAGGAUCAAAAAAUCUAAGGAUUCUGAUCGAAAACAUGAGGGGGAACGCUGUAGAGAGAGGAUAAAGAGUGAGAAGAAAGACAGGCACCGGAGUCGCAGCCGUUCUCAGGAGAGAGAUUACAGUUACAGCAAACAGAAAGACAAAUACAAAGAAGACUUCCGAGUAAAAGACUGGGAUAAAAAAACAGACAGAAGCAGAAGUCCUAAGAAAUCAAAAGACAAAGAGAGGUCCAAGUACAGAUGAAGGAUGAGGAAAAGAAAGAGGGGGACUAAAAUAUGUUUUCUUCCAGUAUUUCCAACAUUCUGUCAAAUGGAUGUACAGUUACUGGAUAAAAGCAGUUGCCUUCUGUUGGCAGCCUGACCUUAUAAUUCUAUGAAUGCCCAGUGUAUGACUCUCAGAGUAAGCUGUGAUUCCAAAACCAUGGUUUCAAUAAAGUAUUUUAUGUUAGUUAA